AUGGGCCAUUUCCGCGGAUUUGUGCAUGGGUUGGUUGGCCGGUUACGGCAGCAGUUGGUCCACGAGUUGAUGUUUUGCACCGAUCACCCGCCCCCAGCCAUCCCGUGGGAUCAUUUGUACGAUGAUGCCACGCAGAGUGCCACCGGAUGGAGUUUUUUACAGGAUUUACGUACAUCGUGGCCGGUCCAGGGUCCGACGUGGUUCAUGGAGCGUAUCCGCCACGAGCCCCGAUUACAGCGUCAGUUUGUACAGUCCCACGGGGCCGGGUUCCGGAUGCCCGCCAUCGAUCGGUUUUUUCGAGUGGUGAGCCAGUUCCGUGAGCGGUUAAGCGUGGCCGUCCAUGUUUGUGCCGGUCAACCCAGCCGGGGUCCCGAGUUAAUGAGCAUCCGGCAUCGUAACAGUGAGCGAGAGCGCCGCAAUAUAUUCAUUGAGGAUGGCAUGGUCACAUUUGUCAGUCGAUACCAUAAGGGGUUCCAUGUGGCCAAUGAUACCAAGGUGAUUUUCCGAUAUUUACCCCGGGAGAUUGGUGAGUUGGUCAUAUGGUAUUUAUGGUUAGUAUUGCCAUUUGUGGAGCAGAUGCAGUCAUAUCAGCGGCAUAUACGGGGCGAAGCCGCCACCAUCGGUCGACGGGCCGAGUAUGUAUGGUCCCCGGAUCCCGAUCGGCAGACCGAGUGGAGUAGCGUCCGGUUACGGGAGGUAUUGAAGCGCGAGACCGCGAUUGGAUUGGAUGGGCAGAAGUUGGGAUUACAGGCAUACCGUGACAUCGCCAUCGCCAUCAGCCGGCGGUAUUUACGCCCCAGCAGUCAGUUCCAGGCCAACACCGAGGAGGAGGCCCCCGACAUUGACGACGAGACAUCCAUGGAUGAUGAUGGGAUCCGAGCAUUCAUUGCGGAUAUCCAGGCCGCGCAUUCCGCCAGCAUUGCCGGGACGCAAUAUGGCCGGAUGAUGAUGGAGAAUCCCAACACCACGGCCCGGCACCGCGAGUUAUUCCGCCAGGUGAGCCAGGAUUGGCAUUAUUUUUUAGGAUUCGAGUCCACCCGUAUCGAACAUGACCGCCGGGCCCCCGGCACCAAGCGUAAGCCCAACCCAUGGGAAGUCGAAACGGCCGAGGCCCGUACGCAGCGUCGAUAUGAUUUACACCAGACCAACAUAGACGAGGCAUUCCAGCACAUGAUGGGGAGCAACACCGUAGCAUUGCGGGGGCAACAGGGUCCCGUAUUACAAGCCAUCAAGCAUGGGGUAAGCCCCAUUGUGGCGGUCAUGCCCACCGGGGGAGGUAAGAGUGUGUUGUUUAUGUUGCCCGCGUGGGUGAGUGGCCGUGCCGGGUUAACCAUCGUGGUUGUUCCAUUGAUUGCAUUACGCGGUGACAUGGAAGCACGAUGCCAGCGAUUGGGGAUUUCAUGUGCGGUAUGGGACCCCCGACGGCCACCCGAUGGGGUAUCCAUCGUAUUGAUCACGCCCGAGAGCACCGACAGCGAUGCAUUUGCCGAUUUUGUGACCCGGCAGCGGAUGUUACAGCGAUUAGAUCGGAUUGUGGUGGACGAGUGCCAUAUGGUAUUAAGUCAACAGGAGCGAUUCCGGCCAUUAUUCCAGCAGUUGGGCAAGUUACGAACCGCAGCCACCCAGAUCGUGAUGUUGACCGCGACAUUGCCCCCCCCGCAGCGAGGAAUUAUUAUUCCAUCGGAUGCAUUGGGUCCGGGAUCAAGUGGUAUUAUAUCGGGGCCACACCAGCCGGCCCAAUAUCGCAUAUCGUGUCCAUACGAUCCCCGUAGACGAUGGAUAUGA